GUGCCACCGGAGGCCCGGCGGUUUCAGAGCUUCGCCCGGGACGACGAACCGCGGACGAGCCGAGUGCGGGAAACCCGGUCGCGUUUCACAGUACGACCGACUGAUCCGAGACACCCCGAGUGUACUGUGUGCGUCCAUACGACGAGGGGCACAACCGCGGGGUAAAAGAAAGGGAGGUGGGGAGGGGUGGCCCAAUUGAACGCAGGCAGACCGCUUCGUGACCUUGGUGCGCGCGACACUUUGCGUCUUCUUCGGGAAGAAUAAAGAAGAAUUUCUGAUCGCGCGGUAGCCCCUUGCGAGAGAUCAGAGUCGCGGUGUACACGGGGGUGUGUGUACGGUGUGUGUGUGUGAAGCCCCCGCACGCGAGACCGCCCACAGAUUUAGACCGUAAACUCGGCCUCGUUCCGUUAGUAUCCGCGAGUAAUCCAACUGCGAGAUAAUGUGAUCGUCGGUAGUGCUGGAGAAGAAGGAAGAAAAAGAAAGAGAGAGAGUAAGGAAAAGUUGGUGGAUGCACAAGAGCGCAACGGAGGAGUUGCAACGAAAGGGUUGCAACGCGAGAGUAUGCGCGAGACCUGGUAGCACCGGCUACCGCUGGAGGAUGAACGGGACGACGACGAAGGAUUUAUAUUAAGAGUGGAGGAGCGCCGAGAAAGAAAGAGGUGCAUCGCGGUGUUCCAUGAGAUGUCAGUGGACCCGUCGUCGGGGACAAUUACGCCGUCGUCGUCGUCGCCGUUGUUGUUGUCGUCGUCGUCGUGAUCACCAUGAGGAGGUCCUCCUACGUCAACUACUACGUCCUGUGCCUCGUGUGCUGGAUCCUACUAGGCAUUACCGGGGUAAGUACGAGAUCUCAUUCGCUGGUGAAGAGAUUCGACGGGAUUUACACGGGGCCUUACUUCGACUCGAACACUCCAACGAAUAUCACGGCGCAGUUGGGCACUCAUGCUUACCUACCGUGCAAAGUGCGACAGCUUGGUAACAAAUCAGUUUCCUGGAUCAGAAGAAGAGACUCGCAUAUCCUCUCGGUGGAUAGAACCAUGUUCAUUCCGGACGAGAGGUUCCAAGCGAUCUUCGGGGAGGCGGACACGUGGACGCUGCAGGUGAAAUACGUCCAAGCGCGCGACGAAGGCGAGUACGAGUGCCAAAUCUCGACCGACCCGAAGAAGAGUCACAUCAUCAAGCUCAACAUCGUCGUGCCAAAGAUCGAGAUCUUGGGGGACCGUGACAUGUACGUCAAGACCGGAAGUACAGUCGCGAUACGAUGCGUGAUAAAGCAGUCCCUCGAGGGCCCGUUCUACGUCUUCUGGUACCACGAGGGUGAUCGCGUUCUAAAUUAUCAGCUGGGCAAGAUCGACAUUCAGACGAAGAGGAUCGAGCAGGAUACGGUGAGCAGCCUCGUGAUCCACAACGCGAAACGGGAGGACUCGGGUAACUAUACUUGCAGCCCGAGUAACUUGGAUAGCGCGAGCGUGCAGCUGCAUGUGCUAAACGGGGAACAUCCCGCGGCGAUACAGAGAGGCAUCAGUUCGGCGCCGGGCGGCUGUCCCACUUUGUGGUGGCUAGCUGGAGUGGUGACACUAUACUCGACUCACUCUCAUCGCAGCCGCAUGUUCUCACACAUCCUCAUUCUUCUGAUCCUUAUGGUUCUCUACUCGAAAAAUCCAUUGUACUUUGCGACAGAACGAUAAUCAGGCAAGAUCGCAAGGAUGGUAUACGCGUAUAAUCGAUUAUCUCCUGCUACGAGAUCCCGACUACCUCGAGAGAAGAGAUCCUCGAUGUUGCAGACCGACUUUCAGAGAUCAAGGACAAAAAGGGCGAGGAUGAGAGGAUUUGGAAGACAGAGGGUAAUGAGAGACAGAGAAAGAGAAAGAUCGGAGAAGAGAAUAAUGAUCCCCGGAGGUAGUAUGUUUUUUCUUCGUAUGCGUGAAGUAAGAGUUAGAGGUUCAUCUCGAUUAUCGAGACAGUGAUCCGGCCGUUAGAAAUUAGGAAUUAGUUAUAUGAAUUCUUGUUAAAUUGCUACGAUACUAUACGUGCUGGAGAAGCUACGAAAUUUUUGACGUUGUCGAAAAUAUAAAAUUAGGUCGAGCUUCAACAACGGGUAGUCCGUGAACGUCGCGAAAACUUUUUUGAAAACGCGAGAUAAACCGAUAAUUUCAUUUAUUACGACUAUUUAAUUACAUCCACGUCAAAAACAUUUCAUCCAAAUGAAUUAGCAUUAUUUCUAUUACUAUUGCAGCAGAUAUUUUUGGGUUCGCUUGGCAUUUUUAAAAAUAUGUUCCACGUGUCCCACAUACGUUUUACACUUGCAGAAUUGUUUCACGUAUUUCCUGUUUGUUUAGCUCGACAAGGUAGAAAGUUACGAAAUCUCGAGAAAAAAAAGAGCGCCCGAAAAAUGAUUGCGAUCGUAAGAUCUUAUUGCGAGGGCGUUGGGUUUCGUAGCACCCGUUACAAGAACAAGAAAAUGAUAACGUGACGAGAAAUGUAUAGAGGGUAGAGAAACAAUGAUAAGAGAAAGAGAGAGAAAGAGAGAGAGAGAGGAGAGAGAAAGCACAAGAAUGAAAUUAGAAACGUCGAUGAGAGCGUCGAUGUGGAAAAAGAGCUGUCAUGAGACUAGGAAAAAGCAGAAAAACUUCGUCCGCGCCACUCGAAAAGAAUUGAAACUUGUUCGAUGAAUUUUUCGAAAUGCGAUGUAAUUAAUUAUAUUCGAUAGCGACCGAUUAUAACAAAGCGUGUCUAUACUUGACGUCUACCGCGUGAUUUGGGAUCGUCCUGAGACCGAGCGAUCUCGGCCAUCGUCUCUUAGACGAUUCGUCGAUACGCGCCGAAACUGAAUUAGAAUCCUUUUUUUAAAUUUUACCAAUCUAUUAAAAUCUCAAGACCAUAUUAAAAACUCAAGUUUGAGCGAAGAGAAAUAAAAGCCAAACCGACACUGUUGAGAAAUAAAAGUGUUAUUAAUAAUACGGCGAUAGUAUUAUUUAAUUCAGAGAAAAGAAUUCAUAUCAAGCGACGUUUUGUCCAUAUCAAAGUCAUAGUCACGAUAUUCCCAGCACCAAGCCAAAUUUAAAAUAUAUAUGUAGUCGAAAUAAAUCAUUGAAUUUGCACAGAUAAGUUUUAUCCGGGAAGCUCGCCGAUCGAUCGCGCGAGCAAGACAAGACGGGAUAUCGAAAUGGAAAUUAUCACUGCCUCUAUGUAUACUUGACCGUUAUCGAAGGCGACAGGUGUCUCGAGACGAUCCGCGAUGAAAAUUUUGGUAAUUGAAACGCAUUGAGUAUACACACGUCGAUCAAAAUAUAUCAUACGUCCGCACAUGCAUAGGCUGAUUCAUCGCGACGCGGGCCGCACGAACCGACGACGCAUUUUUCCACUGCCUGUUCCUUUGCGCGGAUUUUCGGAAAUAUGACGUACUUAAUUUUUUUUCUUUUUUUUUUUUUUAAUCGAAGAACCCUAGGAACGUAGAAAAAAGAAUUUUGUACACUCGUUUGCUCUCGAGGGAUUAAAUACUGCCGAUAAAGCCACUUUUCAUUCCCUCCGAAAAGUUGUUCGAAACGCACAACUAAUUCCAUUAGACUAUUUAUUCACGUUGAACGAUGUUCAGAGGAAAAGAGACAUUUGUUUUGUAUGAAAUUUACACAAAUACGUACAUACGUAUACGUAGCAUAGCAUGGCAAAUUGCACGCGUAUUCUAAAUCCCAUUCAGAUGGAUUGCUUUCACUUACGAGUCGUCAAACGUCUCGUCGUAACAAUAGGCAAGUACCCUUUGACAGAUACUUUUUGAUAACGCAUAUUUCCACGGCGGUUUUGGCCCGCGGCGUGCCGCCUCUGAAGCAUGAUCGGUUGUAUAAUUUAGCGGAUGAGCGUACGGCUUUCCGGUGGGCGACCGCGCACCCCCCGCGAAUUUGCUUUCUUCUCGCAAAUACUAGAGGGAAGGGGAGGGAAUACUGUUUUUUAUAAUAUUAUAUAUAAAUAUAUAUAUAAAUAUAUAUAUAUACAAACGAACAGAAAUAUAUAUAUGUAUAUGUGUACGCGCGCAAAUACGUUGCACAUGGGUGUUGAAUAUUGAACAAGUUUCAGCUCGUACGAAAACGAGGGGCGCAUAUAAAGCGACUAUAGAGCGUACGUUCUCGUUGAGAAAAUUCUCGAAGAAAUGUCUUGGAGAGAUACGAAUGUGAAGUGAGAGAAAGGAAAGAGAGCGAAAGAGAGAGAGAGAGAGAGAGAGAGAGAGAGAGAGAGAAACAGAGGAAAAUAUACCGUAAAACACACACGAGGACAGCGGCAGGAGACGAACGAUUCGUUAGAAUAUCUACGAUUCAUGUGAUUGUAAAUAACGUAACAUAGCGUAUAAAUAACGUAACGUUAAUUAAUGAUAUGCCGUACGUGUUACGCUAAAGAAACAAGAAAAAAAUAAACUAAAUAACGUUACUGUGUAAUUUUUCGGAUCGUAAAACGUGCAUUGGAAAAUGGGUCUGGCCGCCCGUGCUAACCGGCUCGGGAAUCUACGCAUGGUAUCGGCAGAUAAAGAGAGGGAGGAAUUUAAUGUCGAGAUAAGAGGAGACGCCGCCGCGUGACACAUACGUAUACGAUGUUGCCAGAAAUCGGAAUCACCCGACGAAUUUCCGUUUCGUCGAACAGUCGUCGUCGUCGUCGUCGUCGAAGAAGAAGAGGAUUCUCUCGACGCGCGUCCGUCGCAUUUAGCCCGUGAAUUUCUCGCGCGGAUCGCGACGGACGCGCCGUCUCGGGCUUAUCUCGUGGAGAUCGGCGCGAAGGAUCGAAGGAAGAGCGGAGUGUAGACUAGUUACAUGCCAGGCACCGGGCGCGCACGCUUUUCCGUGACGCGCCGGUGCAUCCGAGUUUUCUUUUUUUUGUGAGGGGAGAAAGAAGCGGAGCGCGCGCACGUUUCUCCGUGAUGAGCAGCGCGCUCGUGGAUAGCACGGGCCGGCCACACACGCGACUAGAUGUAACACUAAUUAACGCCUAGCAGUAAGCGAACUAACGGAUAUAAAAAAUGCAGAUAUAUCGUCGGACAUAAUAGCCAGGCGGGGCGAAUGCGCGAGCGGCUGUGUGCGUGCGUGCGUGCGCGUGUGCGUGUGUGUGUGUGUGUUGCGCGACCGCGCGAGCGGUACGGUUGGUGCUUUAAACCGUGUGUGAGUCUGUUUUGCGCGAAAGGAUGUGAGAGAAACUCGGUAAGAAACUAAGCCAUGCACGCAUACGUAUACACAAAACACACAUACAAACUACACAUACAGACACGUGUACUGAGAGCAGUUCGUUGGACUGACGUGUGCUAAGACGUUGGUCGAAUGACGCAUUUUAAGAUAAAAAAAAAAAAGGUCGACCGGGGACGCAGUCAUCUUCUUUAUAUAGUUUUUCGCUUUCCUUCUUCCCGCGCCUCGCGAGGCCGCUCCCAGAGAGCAACGGCGGGAAAGAAAGAGCCGAAAACGCAGUCCUGUGAGACCGCGCGAUUGCGAGUAAACUUCACCCCCAGCACUCGCCCGUCAUCUCUCGCAACCCGCGCGGGUCUCCCCCUCGCGAGGUGGAAGAAGGAACCUCGCGCUCGUCCCCGUCGCCCUUUUGCUUCGCCGCGCGAGAAGGGGGAAGUAAUUUAAAAGAGAGAAGAUGUAGCAGGAGAGACGGCGGGACGGCGAAAAACCCAGUCGAGAAAAACGUCGUCUUACGAUCUAAUUCUAACAUCGUAGAACAACAUUAAAAUUUUUGUACCAAAAUCUAUUCUAUCUUGUAGUCCCUAAGUGUCGCGUACACUUUACUUUUCCGUUUCCGUUCGACGUUGCCGACCGCGGGCUUAUCCUGUUUAUUCUCAAUUCUUUAUUUUUGUCGAAACACGUCGCGGGAGAAGGGGGAGUCCCUCUCGUAAGUUGCUCGAUCGCUGCGAUUAAAAACGAUUUCCCGGGCCGUCUCGUACGCGCUCCUAUCCGUGUCCCGCGCGUUCAGAAUAAAUCAACCCUCUCGCGUGUCAGCGCUCAUGUUCGCGUUUCGCAAGGCAAGUCCGUGAAGUGGAGCGCGAGAACGAUACGAUUACUAAUCGCGGUCUGGGAGGUUUGAGAAACCUUUCAUCGGGAUCAUAAUAUAAUAAUGGGCGAUCGAUUAGCCGAGGAAGAACGCGCGCGCCGAUUCCCCCGAGAGUCGCGGUUACGAAUCCCGAGGUGAACACUUUGUUUCGAGAGUGAUGUUUAUGACCGUCCUGACAAGUAACGUCGAUGUGCUCUUACGCGUAGAUAACGCGAGUUAGGUGCUCCUUCGAGAUAGUAGGCUAUAUGAGAGAGAUGUUCGCGGACGAACGAUACGACGACGCCGUACGUCGUCGCUGCCGCCGCCGUCGAACGUUGUCAUCGGAGAGAUGAAAGACGAGCGAGAUGCGGUGACCCAGAAAUAGAUUUCUAUCAGGUCGCGGGGAUUCCAAUUUCGACGUGAUUCAUCCGCGUUGCCGCGCCGUCGAACGGUCUCGAAAAAUUCUUUGUGAAGACGAGAGAACAUCCCGGAAAUCGAUUAAGCAACUUUGUGUGUGUAUGUGUGAGAGAGAGAGAGAGAGAGCAAGAGAGAGAGAGAGAGAGAGAGAGAGAUUGAGAACAGGUCAUCGAAAAAGGAUUUCGAGGCGAGCGGCAAACCGAGUGUUCUCGAGAAACUUUUUAGACACGAAGCUAGACGUCGAAGACUGUAUAAAAUGGUAUGAGGCCCCGCGCGCGGAGAAUGUACAUGAUUUUUGUGAUUUUAACCCUCUACCGCUUUCAUCCCACUGUGGAAAGCGAACGGUCUGUCGCGAGAGUGCAACAAAUUUCCAGUCUCAACAACACACAGACGCAUGAAUUAUUCAUGAUUGCAGAAUUCAUGAUUGCAGAAUGAGUUACGCUACCUCGCGUCUAUGCAUAUUUCUUUUUUUCCUCGGCUGUGGAGGGUUAGAAGAGCGGAAGAAUCGGAGAACCCAUUUUGUCGUCGAUCGGCACCCUCGGGACGACGGCUACCUCGUUAACCACGCGGAUCACCGAUGACAUUCGCGAGAAAUGCACCGUGCAAUCACGCGAUUGUUGCACGCGAGCAUUGAAGCUCCCGAACGUACGACUCGAGAGGCUCGACGAAUUAUCGCGAAUUACAUUAUCGAAUAGCGGAUUAUUACGUUCGCUCCCUCAACGAUCGAGAUACACCCGGCUAAUUAUUUGUAUUGCAUUGUCGGACGGAUGCGCGUGCGUUCGACGCCCGCGCCGUAGAUCAGGAGCUUCGAUAAGUCGACAUUGCGGGCGACUGAGUUCGACAACGUCCUAUUAACGUUGAAAGCGAGAUUAUCGGGCGUUUUGUUGUGACGGCACGCGACAGAUCACACUAUAGUAAGGCAUCUAAUUAAUCACUAACGCAACACGUCUGCCGAUUCGAACGUUCGACGAAGGUGAAUUACGGCUGCCCCCCUUUACGCCACGUGUGAAGGGUGGACUCUGUAAGGGAAAUGGCGAGAAGCCGCGAGAGAAAGAGAAAGAGAAAGCAAAAGCGAAAUUUGUCGAGCGCGCGGAUAAGCGGACGAUCGAUUUUAAAAGUAUAAGCGUAAGUUAAAAGAAAAAUAAACAGCAAAACACUCUGGAAAAUAAUUCCUCGAGGCAAGCCUCGUCUCAUGGAUUCGCGUCUGUACACCUUAAGCGCUUUAGGUUUAACGAGAGGAAAAUAGACUGUAACGAAUCUACGAGAUGAUGCCGAGGAAAGCGAAGGAUGAUAGAGCGAAUGUGGGAGGAUAAGCGGAGCGGAAGUUUAAAAUAUGCGCGUGUGAGGUGCACGAACGAAAGAACGAGAGUGAGAGGCAGGGAGAGAAAGGAAGACAGAAAGGGAACGAAAGCGAGAUAAUAAAUCAAUGUUAAAUCCAUCAUUACCGGACAUUACUCGCAAUUUCGGCUGACAAAUCUUCGUUGACCGCCGUUUCUACGCAUAAGUUUAGUCUCGUUUUUUCGGAAGCUGAUGGACGGCGGAACGCACCCUUUCGGCGCCCGAUCGCGGCUGCAUGAUACAAUUUACCAGAUUUCAGACGGAUUUGGGAAGAAAUUGGUUCGUUAUUCGCAACGAGAUCACGAGCUCGACCUUUUACCGUAACGACGAACGGACACGCAAAUGCGAUCGACGUCGAACGGAGCCCCGUUCACGCCUCACGGGAGUACUCAUUACAUACCAGUUUUCGUUUUUAAUCUAUUGUGGCGAGAAACGGGACGAAGAGAGCAGUCCCGUUCUAUGUGUGUAAGAACCAUAAAAGCUUAAUAAAAGAAAAAAAAACAUUAUACUAUGAACUUACGGAAUACCUAAUAAAAGUAAGCCAAACCGUUA